GCCACCUCCACCCCGCCAGGUUAUGGCCAUUGUUGACGUUAACCUAAUGGAUAUUGGGAGUUUGUUUUUAUUCCAAAUAUUAGGAAAUUUUCGAUAAACUUUGUUGUCGCGUAUGUGGAGAAAUACUUUUUCACAUUUUCGGUUAGAUAUAUCUCAGGUUAGGGUUUGAUCGGACUAUCACUAUCAACAAAAAUGACGAACAUGGUACAUUGCCAGCUGUGGAUGGGGAGCCUGGAACCCUACAUGACGGAGAGUUUUAUCAUAAACUCGUUCCGCAAAAUGGGCGAAAAUCCGUUAAACGUCAAAGUGAUGCGCAACAAAUUCACGGGCGAACCUGCCGGUUAUUGUUUCGUUCACUUCGCCAACGACGAAGAAGCUAUAGACGCUAUGCACAAGUUAAAUUCGAAACCGAUACCUGGUACCAAUCCCGUGGUACGGUUCCGCCUAAAUAACGCGAGCAAUAACGCGGGUCGGACCCUCCUCGAUCGCGAGUUUUCAGUGUGGGUGGGCGACUUGAGUCCUGACGUUGAUGAUUACAAUUUAUACCGCGUAUUUAGUUCCAAAUACAACACCAUCAAAACGGCGAAAGUAAUUUUAGACAGUAGCGGGUUUAGCAAAGGUUACGGAUUUGUUAGGUUCGGUUCUGAAGAUGAGAUGAAAGACAGCCUCGUUACAAUGAACGGGUACCUUGGUUUGGGCACGAAAGCUUUAAAAAUAUCAAAUGCUGUGCCUAAACCGAAGGGAGCACUAGGCGACGCGCCUACUGCGCAAAGUCCAACGUUGACCACCGCGACGUCUAGCGAUUAUAGUCAAUACUAUGAUCCAUCUUCUUAUUGGCAAAACUACGCGUCCUGGCAGACCCAAGGGUACUACGACCAAGGUCAAGGUCAAGGACAGGAUCAAGUGUACGGGGUGCAGCAGGACGGCAGCAAGAAAGAGGACGAACUGGAACUGAUUGAUCACUCGUUACCAUUGGACAUCGACAAAAUGAAUCGCGAGAAGAUCGACCAAGACUGUAACCUGUGGGAUGCCAUCGAGAGUUCCAAGUGGUUCCCAUAUGAGGUUAUGGAGAGCAUCGCGUAAAAAUGUAUUUUUGUUUGCUCUUUAUCAUUAUAAACUUGUUAGAUAUUAGAAAAUUAAAGUCAAUUGUGAAGUAAGGUUAGGUCUUAAUAGUACACAAGUUGUCCCAGAAAGUAUCGGAAGUUUAUUUCCCUUAAAAAUAGUGGCGGACAACCUGUAUAAUAUGAAACUACAUAGUUUCAAUAACCCCUUUAAGUGAGUCAUUA